CUAUCAAACUGCAGUCAGUGGAUUGAAAAACCAAUUAAAAAGAGCAGAACUUCUUAUAAGACUGUCAGAUAAAAUAGUGCUUGGAGACCGGACUGUUAUUCCUUUUGGAGUGGACUACCUGCAGUGUGAUAUGUUUCUGUAUUGGAACAUCCUUACGCUGCUCCUCCUGCGUUCAGCUCUGUCAAGACCACUGAGCUCUCUGACCACACCAUCCAGAGGCUGUCCCACCUGUAAAGGAAAGUCCACCCAGAGUCAGCCCACUGGAAACUCAAACACCACAACGCUGGCAGCUGGAGAGCCAUGUGGGGUCUACACUCUGAGCUGUGCCCACGGUUUGCAAUGUACACCUCCAGAAAAUGACUCGAGGCCUCUCAGAGCUCUGCUGGAGGGCAGAGGAGUCUGCAAUAACAUCAGCGACAUCAACACAACUGUAUCGACCCACUCUGUAGACACAGCACCUACUGAGGACCCAGAUGAGGCUCCAUGUCGUGAACUGUUAACCACACUUAUGACAGGGCUCACUAGUCAUGUAUUUAAGUCACAUCAUGAUAUCUACAUGCCCAACUGUGACAAAGAUGGCUUCUUCAGAAAGAAACAGUGUUGGUCAUCUCGAGGUAAACAACGUGGGAAGUGCUGGUGUGUGGAUGAAAACGGCAUCCCAGUGACUUCAGCUACUACACGGGACGGCACCUUGAUUUGUUAAAAAACUAUAAAACAUGGACUAAAGCAGAAGAGAAGAAGUGGAAACUUUUCUAUCAAUAUCAGAUAGAGAAGAGGAACACCACAUAGACUCUCAUUUAACCCUCCUUCAACUGGAAACACCUUUUUUUCAAUGAAAACUUAAUAAUGGUUAGUUGUAAAGUUGCAUC